CCCUUUAGGUGUGAGGUAGCUUGUAAUUUCGGUUUCAUGAUUCGCGUCUGUCGAGUAGUUGGAUUGUUACGGUAUGGCUGAUACGGGCCUAAGUUUAGAUGACAUAAUUAAAAAGUCGAAAUCGUCAGGAAUGAGAAGCAGAGGUGGAGGUGUUCGAAGAGGAAUUAAUAGGGGUGCUCGUGCCAAUGGUUUGUUAAGAGGACGGGGGUCGAAAGUAAUUACAGAUGCACGAUUUAAAAUUAUACAAAAGAAUCGAGAGAAACUUACAGAUGCAAGAGAUAAACUUGCUGAAAUUGCUAAACAAAGCGAUGCCAGAUUGAAAUUAGAUAAGAUUCGUGCAUCUCAACUGAAAAAGAUAGAAACACAGAUACCUGGAAUUUCCCGCAAAGCAGGUCGCAAUGGAAGGUUGUCUUUGUCGACUAACAAAAUACCUCCAAUUAUUCCACAUACAAUGCCACCAAAUAUUCCAAAUAAUUACAUGCCUCCACCCACAAGGACAGUGGGUUAUAGACCACCUUCACUUGCGGAACCUCAUUAUAUGGGAGACAUGAAUAUGGAUUACAAUGAUGAUUAUAUGAUGGAAACUGCACCAUUAAGAAGAACUGUAAGUAAUGAAUAUGCUCCUACACCACCUCCUCCACCUCCUGUGUUCAGUAUUAAACCUGCAUCUUCAUAUACAUGGGUAAAACCAGCAAGUAGUAAUAUAACAAGAAUUGUACCUUCGCGUAAACCAGAUGUUGAGAGAGAACACGAAAGAGCAAGGGAUUAUAAAGUUAUUGCACGUUCUUCAAUGGUAAAUAUUUCUGCAAAACCUCCUUCUCCUACAUAUAAAGAAGAUUGGACUUUUGGUACAAAAUCACGAACUAUAUUAGCAGAAGAUCCGGUAGAUUCAAAAUAUUAUGACUCGCGAAGUCACAGAGAUAUUGGUGUAAAAUCACGAUUAGAUUCAGUUCCAAAUAAAUCACGAAGCAUGGGUGUUUUAUCUCGAUCAAAAACGAGUACCAGUUCGUCGUCAUCACAGUCGACUGGUUAUCGAAUUGUAGUAUCAAAUUUACAAGCAAACGUUACACAGGAGGAUAUAAAGGAAUUAUUUGAAGAUGUAGGAGAAUUAUUAGUGUCCAGAUUAGUGCGACCGGGAACGGCUGAAGUAAUUUAUAAGACAUUAAAGGACGCUACAAAAGCCGUUGAAACUUAUCACAACAGGCAAUUAGAUGGUCAUCCGAUGAAAUGUCUCCUUGUAAAUCCACGACCAAAAAACAAUCCAACAGGACCCGCAGUAAGGUCUCUUACAGAGGUUUGGAAAUUAUAUCGAUAGUCACUCUUUUAAAGUGCAUUUGGAAUACGAGGAUCAUCUGUAUUCUACAAAUGCACUAUAAAACGUGAGUAUAAUUUUUCCCAGUAAUAUGCGUUCUUUAUGAUUCAAGAAAAUUUUCCAUGAAAACAUUUUGCGCAAAGGAACCGGUAAAACAAAAUAUUAUGAAGGUAUUGUGAAUGUUCGAAACAAAAUAAUAACAGAUAAUAAAAUUUAUAAGUCUUCGUGUCAACAAUUUAAAGGUCCGAGAUUAAAUUCAGAGUGUUUCAAUCAGUUUUGUAUUAAUUCUAAAUAAAGAAGAGAAGACACCAACGUAUUUCUGAAAUUGAACCAGUUCAAUCUCCACUAAUUACAAGCUCGCAGUUCAUGCCUCUGCAGUCUUCUCAGAACAGUUCAAUGUGUUUCAACAUUAUUUCUUAAUAACCAGCGGAGAAACAGAACGUAAUCUUACGUUUCAUUCAUGAACGAGAGAUGCGAGAGUAUUGCACUUAUUCCUUCUUCGAGAUCGGUUUCUUCUCACGAACCAGAAAUCGUAAAAACAAUACACAAUUACGGCUAUCUGAUGCAUUCCGUGAAAAGCGUUAAUAUUCCGUAGCAAGUACGCGUUAUAAAUACAUAAUACGACGUCACAGAUACAUUACAAAUUGAUGUAGCAAUUAACUCGUUUAGGUUCAAUAGCCUUAGGAAAAAUACCAUUUUGAAUGAACUAGUUUCCAUAACGCAAUAUGUACUCAUUUUUUCGUUGUCUCAUUAAACUUCUUUCAAAUUACAAAAUUCACUACUUUUCUUUUUUUAUGUUAUAACAAUUCAAGAUUAACUUCUUUGUUUUUAUGUAGAAAUAUACUAAUGAAUUGUAUUACACUGUCGGUUCGUAUUCUAAUUAACCGACGCAUGCGCAUUGUGCAGUUUCUGGCGCGCUCUUUUAAAAACGCAAGGUUAACGGGGUAUAAACUGAACACUACAAAUGAUGAAGAUCUUUUAAAUAAAAUACUUAAAUACAUAUAAAAUUAGGUUGCGUAUACCACUCAUUUUCAAAAAGCCCGCCAAACGCUAUGCAGUACCGACUCAUC